AUGCCUCGUGAAGUGGUGACCAUCCAGGUCGGUCAGUGCGGGAAUCAAAUCGGCUGGAGAUUCUGGGACUUGGUCAUUCGAGAGCAUUCGGCCGAAGCCCGCCGGCGGCAGGCUCAGGGACAAGCUAUCGUAUACGAUGAUUGUAUCUCAACAUUUUUCCGCAACCUCGAUGCAAAUGGCGCCGACAUACCAACAGGGUGCGAAAGUCCUCUCGAAAAUAUGCGUGCAAGGGCUAUAUUGGUCGAUAUGGAGCAGGGUGUCAUAAAUCAGGUCUUGAACAGUAAAAUCGGCAGUCUUUUCCGCGACCCUAAGCGACCCAACGACUGCCGACUACAGCAGUGCGUGACUGAUGUCUCGGGCGCUGGCAAUAACUGGGCUCACGGCUACUACGGAUACGGCGAGACUUAUGGAGGCUCCGUGAUGGAGAAGGUCCGAUUUGCAGUGGAGGCAUGUGAUAGCCUUCAAGCCUUCUUCUGUGUGAACUCCCUCGGUGGGGGCACCGGUAGCGGGUUGGGCUCCUACAUACUCGAGAGGCUUGAGGACGAGUACGGGUCGAAGGCCUACCGCUUCGUGUCGGCCCUCUUCCCGACGAUAGAUGCCGAGGAUGAUGUCAUCACCUCACCGUACAAUGCGAUAUUGUCUCUGACGAAACUCAGGGAAAACGCAAGCUGUGUUUUACCCAUAAGUAACGAUGCACUUGCUCGUAUCGUGAACACUUACAACGCCUCUGCUGCACUGGUCAAUGGAGCCACACAGAAGGGCGGGGGAGGGAUGUUCUCCAAGAAGCAAACUUCCUUCGACGACAUGAACUCGAUCGUGGCUAGGUGUUGGUUGGACUUAACGGCAUCGAUGAGAUUCGAAGGCUCCCUCAAUGUUGAUCUCAAUGAGAUAACCUCCAACCUAGUGCCCUUCCCCAACACGCACUUCUUGCUUCCCGCACUGAGUCCGAUCUUCCAACGGUCGAAGGAUGUACGUCUACAACCUCGCAGUUUCGAUCAUAUGUUCUCGGACGCCUUCCUGCCCGGAUCACAGCUUGUUGGAUCCGGUGCCGGCGUGGACCCGAGAGCUUCUCUUUCCCUAGCCUCAGCCUUCCUCCUCAGAGGUGAAUGCUCUUUGAACGACGUUAACCGUAAUGUGAGCCGGAUCAAGAAGACUCUGAAUCGACCUGCUUACCUUGACGACUGCUAUAAGAUCGGUAUUUGCAACGUGUACUCGCUGUUGUCUCUGGUGAAUAGCUGUGGUAUCCGACCCGUGUUCGAGAAGAUGCACGCGAAUUUCUGGCGAUUAUAUAAACGGAAAGCACACGUUCACCACUACACCGAGUACAUGGAUCAAGACGUGUUUGAAGAAGCACGCCACACUUUACGUUUCAUGAUGGACGAUUAUACGGAGGAAAAGUAUACCGACUCUUCGGUUCGCGCUGAAGCCAUUCAGAAUACCACUCUUAAAGGGAUUCGGAGAGAGUUCGCAUUUGGACGAUUAUUGCCACGCAUGCUCGUAUAG